ACCUUCUACUUUUAGCGAACAAGAAAAGAAACUCUCUCUCCCCCUCUCCCUCUCCCCUCUCCCUCUCCUCUCGCUCUCGACAUUACUGAAGCGGGGUUACCGUUCGCAGGUAUCGAAUCGAUCGUGCCCGCACGAUUCCAUCGUGUUCUGUCGCUCUGUCGCAGACAUUGUCGCGUCGCGUCGAACUUCAUCGUGCAUUUUACUUCGCUGAUUUCCUCCGUGGCGCGUCGGUAAUCUGCCGAACCGCGCGUCGGUUUUCGUCCGUUGACGUUCGAAUGCUUCCCGUUCCGUAGGGCGUGCGAUUUUUUAUCAGGAGUGAAUUCGUGAUUCUUUGGCCCGUUUUCGCGAUCUCCCCCGCAUUGAUUUCCCCCCCGCCGCCGCCGCCGUCGUCGUCGUUGUUGAUUUUUCCGCUUUUCUCGGUCGAGGAAAAAUGGUCGUGGUCAGGCCGUUGCGCAUUCGGGUGCGCCGCGUCGGCUGAACGGGAAUCGCCGGUUUCGGGCAAUCGGUGGUUCGCGCUCGCUGCGCAGUUUCCGCUGUUUCCGGCGUCGCGGUCGCGGUGCGGGAGGGAAAGAGGUGUUUUUGAAGCAGUGGCGCUGUGUUUGCUCCGACCGAGAGCGGUCCGUUCGCCGGUUGUUGUGGAAUGCUAGCGGGGGGAUUGGUCGGCGAGAUGAUCAUUUCCGGGAGGUGAUUUCGUUGCUCUUAUGAAUUUGAAAAUGCAACCGAAGGAAGAUGGGGAAGUGCAAGAGGAGCGGCCGUCGUCCCCCUAUUACGUUCUGCAGCAUUUCUCCGGGGAGGCGAUUCGAGUGGCCAAUGAGGCGAUUCACAGUGUUUACGCUGGUGGCUCCGGCGCCCAGCCCGGGCACCGGCGCAGCCAGAGCGAUGUGAUGCACAGGAGGAGCAAUAAUCUUCAGAAAUGGAAGGCUCAGAUGCAGAAGGCGUGGCGGUGGGGCGGUAGUUUGGACGAGCAACGCCGACGGGCCAGCUUUAACCCCGAGGUGUUGGCGAACCAGAAGCGGCAGUGGUACCAGCUCCACGCGAGGCCUUUGGACAAUGAUACUUAUGUGCCGCCAACCUCCCUCUUUGAACAUUUCAUCAUUGCUGGUCUUCAUUCAGAUGCUAACUUGGAAGUUGUGGAGGAUGCAUUUAUUAGGAGGAAAAAAUGGGAGUCAGAGAUGGCAAAAUCUGACUUUAUAGACUCCAAAUUGUUGCAGAAUCGAGGGCCUUCUUUCCCAACAUUGGAGCCUCAGAUACUUUUUAAAUAUCCUCCUGGCAAGAGGUUACCAAUGCGACAGAGGGAUUUAGCAGCAUUUUGCUUUCCUGGAGGUGUUAAGGCUCAAAUGCUGGAGAGAACUCCUUCUCUAGGUGACCUGAAUGAACUUGUUUAUGGACAGGAGCAUUUGGGCCGGGAUGACUUAUCAUUUCUUUUCUCAUUUAAGAUGGCAGACAAUGCAACUCUUUAUGGAGUUUGUUUGCAUGUACCAGAAAUUGUUCAGAGACCACCUGGCAUUGUUGGAAAUUUGUCACCUCUUCGUCAGUCAUCUGGAGGAUGUCGCUUUCUUGUCUCUGCUCCUCGUUGUUACUGUUUGUUAACUAGAGUACCUUUCUUUGAGUUACACUACGAGAUGUUGAACAGUAUCAUUGCACAGGAGCGUCUUGACCGGAUCACUCGAUUUGUUAAUGAAAUGACUCUCACCAGUUACAUUCCUUCAGAAACCAAUGCACACGAUAUAGUGAGUAAGAAUGAUGAGGAUCAUGACAAUGACUCUCGUACAGAUUGGAUGGCAUCUGCAAUACCUCUUCACAGUGCUUUUGCCCUUGCUGCUGCUGCCGCUGGUCUGGCACGAGAUAGCGGUGUCUUAUCUUCUUCAAUUAAGAUCCAGGAAACGCAGUCGCUUGAAGGUGCUACUGCAAGUGAUGUUUCUGAGUUGAGUCACACGAGGCAAACAGAUAAUGAUGUUGGGAGGCCUAUGCCACAUUCCGAUGACAAUACUUCUGAGAUCUCAGAAACUUGUUCUGAGAGUCUGGAACGGAUGUCCGAAUGCUAUGAAAAUGGACUUCACUCUCCAGAAGUUGGGGCAUUCUUAUGCCAUAGGAACCCUAUAAUGGAGCGACUGGGGAGUUCUGAUUCCCUUUACAGUCCAGUGAGAAGUGUGGGAUCAGAGGAUGAGGAUGAUGAUCUUUUUCCAAAUUCACGAAAGGAUCUAAAUGAUGACGUAAUGCUGGAGUGGGCGAGAGAAACUAAGAAUGAUUUGCUCCAGAUAGUCUGCAGUUAUCAUGCCUUACCUCUUCCACCAAGGGGAGGUGAAAUGGUUUUUCAGCCUCUUGAACAUCUUCAGGCUAUCUCAUACAGGCGACCUCCCAUAUCUGCUCUUGGGCUAAGUAAACAGUUGUUAGAUUUAUUGGAAAAUGCUGAGGUUCAUGCAAAGAUAGGUUUUGCAGAGACAGCUCUUGCGCUCUCUAUAUGGACAACUGCAACUAUUUGUCGAGUUCUCUCACUUGAAAGUGUUUUAUGGUUGGUUGCUGGUGUUUUAUUAGAGAAACAGAUAGUACUAGUGUGCCCCAAUCUGGGUAUUCUAUCAGCUUCUGUGUUGUCUCUUAUUCCCAUGAUUCGACCAUUUGAGUGGCAGAGUUUAUUGCUACCUGUUCUGCCUGAGAGAAUGUUUGAUUUUCUUGAUGCUCCAGUUCCCUUUAUAGUGGGCAUACAGCACAAAUUUGCUGAUUUGAAGAUGAAAACAUCUAAUCUUAUUCAGGUUAAUGUGCUUAAAGACCAGGUGAAAAUGCGUCAUUUGCCAGCACUACCUAGGUACAAAGAGCUUGUUUCUGAACUAAAGCCAAUUUAUGCUAGACUAUCUCUUGAAAGCUCAAUUGCUAAAAGGCAUCCUGUAUAUAAGUGCAGUGAAGUGCAGGCAGAAGCUGCUGGCAGGUUCUUGACUGUAAUGAGGAACUACCUUGAUUCACUGUGCUCAGAUUUGAAGUCUUACACAAUUACUAGUGUACAGUCAAAUAAUGACAGGGUUUCUUUACUGCUUAAAGAUAGUUUUGUCGAUUCCUUUCCUAGUAGAGACCGACCAUUUAUUAAGAUGUUUGUUGACACACAGAUGUUUAGCGUUCUAUCAGAUGCUGCUAUAUCAACCUGUGAGAGUAGGCGUUUCUAACUUAAAUCUUGACGCCAUUAUGAUGCAUCAAGUGCAACUUUCAAGGUUCGUUAGAGAAUCCUGCAGAUAUAGAUGGGAGAAAGACUACUAUAGCCGAAGGCUUUAACAAAAUUUUAAUUUGUAGACUACCAUGAUCCUUUGUACGUCAGGGGCCUGCAGAUAUGUGCAGUGCCAAUUUCUCAUUAGUAAAUUGUCUUGCCAAAAUCAAGCAAUCAUCAUUCCUGUCUUUUAUUUGGGAUAUGAUGUUCGGCUUUUUGGGCGUCUUCUAACUUGAAAUGCUUGUAGCCACUUUUGUGGAAGAAGCAUGGUUAUGUAAACCUUCAAGGCAAUCAGUCUCAUUAGUGCAAGAGCUGAUAAGUCCUUCAACUGGACUUUACAUUACUCAAAAUAGCUCCAAAAUAAAGGAACUCAGAUGUUCAAAUUUUCUGUGCUA